AUGACUUCUGGCUAUGCGCAUGUAAUGGACAGACAAGACUCACUGACGAGCCGCCUGGAGAGCCCGAUAUCAGCCAAACUGGAAACACUGCAGGCCAAGAAAAACUUCUCUGUCAGCCACCUGUUGGAUCUGGAGGAGGUGCGGGAGAUGGUAGGGGUUCAGGCCAAUGAGAGCGCCGGGGAUGCGGGAAGGAGCGUGGUGGAGUCCCCGGGGCUGACCAGCGGCAGCGAUACGACGCAGCAGGAGAAUGAGCAUGUGAGUUCUGAGGAGAAGAAGAGGAAGCAUCGUCGUAACAGAACAACCUUCAACAGCAGUCAGCUGCAGGCACUAGAGAGAGUGUUUGAGAGGACACACUACCCUGACGCCUUCGUACGGGAGGACCUGGCACGCAGGGUUAACCUCAUUGAGACACGGGUACAGGUGUGGUUUCAGAACAGGAGGGCUAAGUUCCGUCGUAACGAGCGUGCUAUGCUAGCCAGUAAAAAUUCCUCCAUGAUGAAGUCCUACUCUCGUGACCUCACAGCAGUGGAGCAGCCAAUCGCACCUCGACCCAACGACUACCUGUCCUGGGGCUCCUCUUCACCCUACAGUGCCAUGGCAGCGUACCCCCCCACAUGUUCUCCCACCACCUCAGCCCAGGGGAUGAACAUGGCUAACAGCAUCGCUAACCUCCGGCUCAAAGCCAAGGAGUACAGCCUCAACCAGGUGCCUACUGUCAACUGAUGAAGAGGAGGAAGAUAAAUGCUUCUCCUAAAGUCUAGAGAGUUCUACAGAGAAAUCACGUUUACCAAAGGACGACACAACAAGCAGUUCAAACUGCAGUCUUGGUUUUUAACGGCACGUCACAAUGUCAAUGAAUGUGUUUAGUGUGUUUUUAUGUGCGUGAUCGUCUACAGAAAACUGGUCCUACACGCCAGAGACAUUUGAGAGCAUAUCCUGUCCAGCUAAGUAGCCACGAUGGCCAAUGAACCAGAGGGUAACUGACUGUAUUCAUCAUUGUUAUACAGUUUUACUAUCAACGUUCCUCUCCUCACUCUGGCACCAACAGGAUAUGUGCCACCUUUGCCUUAGAAUUUCAGAAUUUCAAACAUUUGGGGACUUUUGGGAGACUUGUAUUGAUAUCUAAAUUUUUGGGCUGGUUUGAAAACUUUUGGAAAGUUUUUUUUGUUUAAUUAUUUUGAGAACUCUGGACUUAUGAUGAAUUCUAACCCGAAACAAAGACACAAACAGUCAGACAAACUUUUUUAACCCUAACCCUUUUCCCAGCACUGGCCUGAGGAGCCAAGCCUUCUCUCCUGGGGUUAUAUGAGGAGCCAAGCCUUCACUCCUGGGGUUAUAUGAGGAGCCAAGCCUUCUCUCCUGGGGUUAUAUGAGGAGCCAAGCCUUCUCUCCUGGGGUUAUAUUAGGAGCCAAGCCUUCUCUCCUGGGGUUAUAUUAGGAGCCAAGCCUUCUCUCCUGGGGUUAUAUUAGGAGCCAAGCCUUCUCUCCUGGGGUUAUAUUAGGAGCCAAGCCUUCUCUCCUGGGGUUAUAUUAGGAGCCAAGCCUUCUCUCCUGGGGUUAUAUUAGGAGCCAAGCCUUCUCUCCUGGGGUUAUAUUAGGAGCCAAGCCUUCUCUCCUGGGGUUAUAUGAGGAGCCAAGCCUUCUCUCCUGGGGUUAUAUUAGGAGCCAAGCCUUCUCUCCUGGGGUUAUAUUAGGAGCCAAGCCUUCUCUCCUGGGGUUAUAUUAGGAGCCAAGCCUUCUCUCCUGGGGUUAUAUUAGGAGCCAUGCCUUCUCUCCUGGGGUUAUAUUAGGAGCCAAGCCUUCUCUCCUGGGGUUAUAUUAGGAGCCAAGCCUUCUCUCCUGGGGUUAUAUUAGGAGCCAAGCCUUCUCUCCUGGGGUUAUAUGAGGAGCCAAGCCUUCUCUCCUGGGGUUAUAUUAGGAGCCAAGCCUUCUCUCCUGGGGUUAUAUUAGGAGCCAAGCCUUCUCUCCUGGGGUUAUAUUAGGAGCCAAGCCUUCUCUCCUGGGGUUAUAUUAGGAGCCACGCCUUCUCUCCUGGGGUUAUAUGAGGAGCCAAGCCUUCUCUCCUGGGGUUAUAUUAGGAGCCAAACCUUCUCUCCUGGGGUUAUAUGAGGAGCCAAGCCUUCUCUCCUAGGGUUAUAUUAGGAGCCAAGCCUUCUCUCCUGGGGUUAUAUUAGGAGCCAAGCCUUCUCUCCUGGGGUUAUAUUAGGAGCCAAGCCUUCUCUCCUGGAGUUAUGAUGGUACUAUAUGGGACUUGGAAAGAAGCCCGAACAACGUCUUGUCCUGUUAGCAUUGUUGGUAUUAUUUUCUUAUUUUCAGUUGGAGACGGUCAUCUUUUGUUAAUGCCUUACACAGCCACAGCUCGAGCUGAUUCAACAUGUGUUGAUCAACCCCAUUAGUCUUUUGAAUUGAAUAAGGUCUAAUAGCCUCUGUUUAUAUCCUGAUAUAUCUUUAAUCGACCCCAUUAGUCUGUUUACUAAGGACUAACAGAUUAAUAGCCUCU